CUCCUGCUCCACUCACUCCCUUUGUUGUUACCAGAAGCCACACGUAUUGCACCCAUCUCGUGGCUGGUGACAGACUCUAUGCUGCUUGGAACAAUAACCCGACCAAGGCAGCAAAGGGGCAAUCAGUGCAGAGCAGGAGGAAGGGAGGGGCAAACACAUACAGGACUGGGAAGGUACUCUUUACUCCUGGUACAGUGCUGAAGAUGGGUGGCUCGCAUCCCGUUGUUCAUCAUUAGGAGCCAGUGAGGUUCUGGGGGGAGGUGUGCGUGCAGCUGCGGGUGGUAGCAUUACACACUGACCUAUAUGUAUGCUGGUGACAGCUACUACUGCUGCUGCUAGUCACUGGGCAUCACUCUCCCAUUGCUGGCUAUGCUAUCACAAGGGUGAGCGAGACAUAGCACCAGCAGGAGUGACAGAAAGGCUGCUGUCUGCAGGGAAUGCAUAAUAUCUGCUCCUCUGUGCCGGAGAAUCGGGGGAAGGGUCUGGCGUGUGCUCCCUGUGGCUAUUGAUGCUCCCGGCCUGCCGCAGCAAGCUAGCACUCUUCUCGCCCGGGCAGCAUCAUCUGACAGCAGCAGCAUCCUGCUUCUCAGUCAUGGAAGGAUUGCAUCCUGCCUCCAGGCUGCUGGGAUCUCUCUGGUCCACGUCCUCAGUGUUUGUCUUCUUCCUAGCCCUCUCCGGCGUCCAGGCGUCCAACCAGCUGCCCAGCGAGUGCCAAAAUGGGAAAGGCAAAGGCAUUAAUUGCUCAGAGCUCAACAUGAGAGAGUCUGAAGUACGAAGAGUGUGUGAUGAAUCAACAUGUAAAUAUGGAGGUGUGUGCAUAGAAGAGGGUGAUGCUCUGAAAUGUGCCUGCCAGUUUCAGUGCCACACUAACUAUGUGCCAGUUUGUGGAUCAAAUGGAGACACAUAUCAAAAUGAAUGCUUCCUGCGGAGAUCUGCCUGCAAACAACAGAAAGAUUUAAAUGUGGUGACAAAAGGUCCCUGCUUUUCUGAUAUUGCAUCUGGAUCGGGUGAAGGCGAAUAUGAAGGAUCUGGGACUGAAGUUCAUAGGAAACACCCCAAGUGUGGAGCUUGCAAAUAUGGUGCUGAGUGUGAUGAAGAUGCAGAAGAUGUAGGGUGCGUGUGUAAUAUAGACUGCAGUGGCCAUAAUUUUAACCCAGUCUGCGCCUCAGAUGGAAGCUCCUAUUCCAAUCCAUGUAUGGUACGAGAGGCGUCGUGUCUCAAGCAAGAGCAAAUCGAUGUGAAGCACCUGGGGAGCUGUACAGCAACAGAUGACACCAGUGUGGUUGGGAAGAAAGACGACGGAUUACAGUACCGCCCAGAGGUGAAAGAUUCCAGUGAUCAGAGAGAAGAUGACUACAUGGGUAAUUACAUGCCUUGCUCAGAAAACUACAUUGGAUAUUGUGUGCAUGGGACAUGCGAAUUAAGCUAUUCAACUCAGAAAGCAUUGUGCCGGUGUGACUCAGGAUACACAGGUCAAUACUGCGAUAAGACUGAUUUCAACAUUCUGUAUGUAGUUCCGAGCAGACAGAAACUUACGCAUGUCCUCAUAGCAGCCAUCAUUGGAGCUGUGCAGAUCGCCAUAAUAGUUGCUAUUGUCAUGUGUAUAACACGGAAAUGUCCGAAAAACAACAGAGGUCGUCGACAGAAGCAAAACCUUGGACACUUCACUUCAGAUGCUUCUUCCCGGAUGGUGUAGCCUCAGUAUUUUUUCCCCCUUGUUUAUUUUUUAUACUUACAUUGACCAUGUGAUGUACAUUUUUAUUAUAUCUUUUUUUAAAGAAUGGAAAUAUUUAUUUCAGAGGCCUUAUUUUUGGACAUUUUAUAGUUUUGCUUUGUUGGUUGUCUGUUGUAUUUGCAAAGCAUUCGCUCUGGCAGCAAUGGACUGAUACAGCUUUCAUUAUUUGUAUUAUUUGCUUUUUUUUUAUAUUCCUUUCCUGGAAACAUAGUCCACCAUUUUUUUGUAUCUGCCUUCGCAUGGUUGUACAUUAUCCAUAUUUCACUCUUCAAGCAUCCCAGUUUUUAAAAUUUUGGGGUCCAGCCACAGAAUUUGCAAAGAUUUGUUAACUGAGGGCAAGGCUACGUUUAGAACUUUUUUGAUGUUAAUAAAGUAUUAUAAAGAUGAAUUUGUGUGCCAAGCUGUCUCAGCCAGCAUGGAAUGAUUUACACUUUAUAACCUGGUUAUGAAACUGCAGUCAUCAUAACAGUAUAUGGCAUAGACUGUAACUCAAUCUAAACCGCAAAUGUAAACAAAAUGGUGGAUGAACCGUUCACUACAUCCCCACAAUUGGUUGCUCCUAUGGAACAAAGGCUCAAGCCUCCUGUGGUUGUAGAUGAUGAACACACAUCAAAAAUGUAAUAAACCCCAGGCACGAGCUAAAGGUAACAAUGUUUACAAUUUUACUUUUUUUUGUAACCAAACUUCGUAGAAAGACACUGUGUUUAAAUAGACAUUUAAAUGUUUUAUAGAACCUAGUUAUGGAUUUUUUUUUAAGACACUGGCUAUCGCAUGACAUGUGAAUUGUAAUCUGUGAGUAGUGGUAACAUGUUAAAUAUGUUCUAUGGUUUUUAACCUUGACAUUUAUUAUCCAUUGGGCCUGUUACCCAGGGGCAAGGGAAUGUAGUAGAGGCAUUGUUCUGUGGUGUCAUUAUCUGUAAAUGUUUUGUAUAUCUUUUAUUCAUUUUUAGUUGAUUGUGUUUGUGAUUAUCUGUAUUUUAUACACAAUUGCUGAAAAAACCCACGUGAUUUAGGCACCAAAUAAAGACACCACAAAAACAAUAGCCAUUACUCCCAUGCCACAAUGGACCCUUGAUAAAGAGAUCCCUCUUUUUUUUAAUACAAAUGUAACAUUUAAUAAUUCUGGGAGAAAAUGUUUCCUUGGCUCUGACAUUAAAGUUCGCACAAUACUUUUGUUACAUUUAGAUAAAUGUUAAAAUUCAUGUAAAAUAAAAUUUGGAACUGUUGAUCAGCAUACUUAAGUUUAUUUGAACACCAUUAUAAAAAUAAAAGGCUGCUUUAAUAAAAA